GUCCCAGCUUCGACGCGUUUGCACACGUUGCACUUUUAUCGGCCCAGUGAAAAGAAGGCGCUUUGAUAUACCCACCAACAUCAAUUUGAUAUGUUCAGAAGCAAAACACUCUAUCUCUGGAUACGAAGUAAUUUGAAAGCGGCAAGGAACCUUCACGUAUUUUCGUCACUCGCAGCAGGCGUAGCACCCCAGACGCCACCGAGCCUGUUCCAUCGCACUUGGCGUAGUCCUAUCGAUUGGGGAGUAAGCCAAAAUUACCGUGGAAUGGCCAGUGGAGGAGAAACUGACGCGCAGGCUCCAAAGGCUCCAGGCAAUCGAUUAGUUUCUUCCAAAUCUCCAUACCUUUUACAACAUGCUUAUAAUCCAGUGGACUGGUAUCCCUGGGGCGAGGAGGCCUUUGAACGUGCCCGCACGGAAAAUAAGUUGAUCUUUCUGUCCGUGGGCUACUCAACCUGUCACUGGUGCCAUGUCAUGGAGCACGAAUCGUUUGAGAAUCUCGAGACAGCUGCUGUUAUGAAUGAACAUUUUGUGAACAUCAAAGUGGAUCGAGAGGAGCGUCCCGAUAUUGACAAGAUCUAUAUGACAUUCCUCCAAAUGACCAAGGGCGGCGGUGGCUGGCCCAUGAGCAUCUGGCUGACACCCGACUUGGCUCCCAUUACCGCUGGGACCUAUUUCCCCCCAACAGGCCGCUAUGGAAUGCCUUCAUUCAAAACUGUCCUUCUGGCCAUAGCCCAGCAAUGGCAGACGAAUCGUCAAACACUCAUUGAGUCAGGCUCCAGCAUUCUCAAUGCUUUAAAGAAAAACGAAGACGCAUCCGCUGUUGCAGAGGCUGCUUUCGAGCCUGGCAGCGCCAGCGCCAAGCUAGCUGAAGCUAUCGGUGUCCACAAGCGGCGGUUCGACCGAACGAACGGCGGGUUCGGCACGGAGCCAAAGUUUCCCGAGGUGCCUCGCCUUAAUUUCCUCUUCCAUGCCUAUCUGGUGAGCAAGGAUGUAUCCGUGUUGGACUUGGUUCUGCAGACACUAGAUCACAUUGGUCGCGGCGGGAUCAAUGAUCACAUAUUUGGGGGCUUUGCGCGCUAUGCCACAACUGCCGAUUGGCACAACGUGCACUUCGAGAAGAUGUUGUAUGACCAGGGACAACUAAUGGCGGCCUAUUCCAAUGCCUACAAGCUGACAAGGAGCGCAACCUUUCUGACCUAUGCAGACAAGAUCUACAAGUAUAUAAUGAAGGACCUACGUCAUCCCCUGGGUGGAUUCUAUGCCGGCGAGGAUGCCGACUCAUUACCGGACCACAAGGACACCGUCAAGGUUGAGGGAGCUUUUUAUGCCUGGACCUGGAACGAAAUUGAAGCGGCCUUCAAGGACCAGGCCAAGCGUUUCGAUGAUGUCUUGCCGAAGCGCGCCUUUGAGAUCUAUGCCUUCCAUUACGGUCUCAAACCGAAGGGCAACGUCCCGACCCACAGUGAUCCACAUGGCCAUCUUACCGGGAAGAAUAUACUCAUUGUGCGCGGAUCGGAUGAGGAAACCUGCUCGAACUUUGACCUGCAGCCGGAGAAACUUGACAAAUUACUGGAGACGGCAAACGACAUACUGCAUGUUCUGCGGGAUCAGCGUCCGCGACCACAUCUGGAUACAAAGAUUAUCUGCGCAUGGAAUGGCCUUAUGUUGUCUGGUCUCUCCAAAUUGGCUAACUGUGGCACAGUCAAAAGAGAGGAGUACAUCAAAGCGGCCAAAGAACUCGUAGACUUUCUGCGUAAGGAGAUGUAUGAUCCGGAACAAAAGCUGCUUGUCCGAUCGUGCUAUGGAGUAGCUGUGGGGGAUCCAACCCUAGAGAAGAAUGAAUCACAAAUCGAUGGCUUCUUGGAUGACUAUGCCUUUCUCAUCAAGGGUCUCCUCGACUAUUACAAGGCCUCACUGGACCUCAGUGCCUUGCGCUGGGCCAAAGAGCUGCAGGAGACCCAGGAUAAACUCUUCUGGGACGAGCAGAAUGGUGCCUACUUCUUCUCCCAACAGAAUGCCCCUAAUGUGAUUGUUCGGCUAAAGGAGGGUGAUGACGGGGCUGAGCCCUGCGGCAACAGUGUCUCCGCCCGCAAUUUGACACUUCUCUCGCACUACUACGAUGAGGAGACCUACCUUCAGCGAGCCGCCAAGUUGAUGAAUUUCUUUGCCGACGUUGCGCCCUUUGGUCAUGCUCUGCCCGAAAUGCUGUCGGCUCUGCUCCUGCACGAGAACGGACUGGAUCUGGUGGCCGUGGUGGGGCCCGACUCGGAAGAUACCAAGCGUUUUGUGGAAAUCUGUCGAAAGUUUUUCAUACCAGGCAUGAUCAUCUUGCACGUGGACCCCCUCCAUCCCGAUGAUGCAUGUAAUCAGCGGGUGCAGAAGAAAUUCAAGAUGGUCAAUGGCAAGACCACAGUUUACAUUUGCCACGACCGCGUGUGCCGCAUGCCCGUCACAGAUCCCACGCAGCUGGAGGAGAACCUGAUGGCCAACUUCUUUACCGAGCGCGUCUGAAUAUUGGAUAUUACUCGAAUUAAGCCCCCUGAAUUUUAUUGUUAGUUAUGUUAUUGUUUACGCUUUCAAAGCGCAGAUCGGUUCUCCGAGAACUUUGUAGAUGAACGUAUGUACAUAGAAGUAGACACAUGGACGUCUAUUUUACCUAAGAAAAAGUACCGCAAAAUUCGGGGACUCCCGGAAGAAACAUCCAAACAGCAGUUAAUUCUUCUCUUCUCAAAUACAUGCAACACAUUUUGUGCUUUUAUUGGAA